AUGUCCACCCACCGCUCACAGGCCAGCAUCCACACGCUGCGCAGCAGUCAGGUCUUCACGCUCGACACAUUCAGCAGCAAGGACUUCAUCGUCAAGGACUUUGUAGAAUCUCUCUCCGACGCUGCACAGCCCGCUCGCCGAUCCGCUCCAGCCUCCAGUGCGCAAGCAAGCCAGGCCUUCGAUCCCAAACCUCUCAUACGAACGUUCGAGCACGCUCUGAGUCGACUGAAGUCCCUCAGCGAGGAUCUCCAAGAACGCGAGAACGAACUUAGUGCGAGUGUCCGUAGAGCGGAAGGACAGCACAAUACCAAUAUCAAAUCGCGCGAGCAAGAGCUGGAGCGAGCGAUUGCGUCGUUUCGACAACUAGAGCGCACACUCGAUGGAGAUGGAGACGGAGAUGAUGGUGGAAAUGCGGCGAUGCGGAUAGGUGAGAGGUUGGAAGAGUUGGAUCGACAGAGGCAAAGGGCGCAGGAUGCGAAGUUCAUCCUGCAAUGCUGGCUGGAAGUCAGUGAGCGUGGUGACUUGACAAGCUUGGAUGAUGUGCGCAGGGCGGGUGGAGGAGAAGGAAAGGUACGAUGUGCACAUAUUGCCAGGCAGCUGUUGAAGAUAUCGCAACGGCUCGACGGCGACUUGGAGCCGCAGGGAGGUGCGACGCCAAAACUGAAUGGACGGCAAUCCAUGAAUGAGAUCAUCGAGAAAUUUCUUGAAAUGUUGGAGAAGGAUCUGUUGAAGUCAUUCGACGAGUUCUACCGACGGCAAAACUUCGAGGGCAUGCGAGAAUGUGCGUCGGCACUGCAAGACUUUAGUGAUGGCAAUUCUGUCAUAUCGCUGUUUGUGAACCAGCAUCAGUUCUUCAUCGACCGCUCCCAACUGGUCACGGAGGAAGUGAUUGUGGACAGUGAAACCUGGGAACGGCUGGCCGAUCCCGACGCUGAACCGCCUGGAGUUGAGCCAAGUCUACAGUCGCUGGUGGACGAAGUGAAGGUUGUCAUGCAAGAAGAGAGCUUCAUCAUCAAACGGGCAUUCCCGUACUGCGAGGAAGUCCUCGCUCGAUUUCUGCAGCGAGUCUUCCAGCAGUCGAUACAACAGCGACUGGAGAUGGUGCUGAACAAAGCAGACAGCAUAUCUUCGCUGGCAUUCCUUCGGACGCUUCAGGCUUCAAAAUCUUACAUCUCUUCUCUCGUCGAGGACUUGAAGAAUCACGGUCUGACGGAGCAUCCUGAGCCUGUCUCUUCCGUGAGUGCAGCUGUGUUGGACCAACAACUGGAUGAAUUAUUCGUGCCGUACUUUACGGGAACAAGCUACAUUGAGCGAGAGAAGCGAAAUCUCGCCGAACUCUUCGAGGGUAUGCUUUUCAAGUUUGCUCUCUAUCACUCGCGAAGACGGAAGGUUCACAUUCAGAGCAACAGUUAUCUGGGAGCGAUUUCGGCUCGAAGUAAGGAAUUCAUCAGCAGUGCAAGAGAGGCGUAUGUAGAACGACUGGACAACUCGGAUCUGCAACCGGGUCAAAAAGCCACUCUCCUCCGAGUCGCCGGCUUGAGCCCUUCGAAGGAUCAACCUACUGCGGUCGAGAUCGAUGUCACAGACGAGGAUGGGCAAUUGAGUCUUCCCUUUGCGAAACGCAUGUUAAAGUGGCUCGCAGAAGGUGUCGGACGUGGGCUGGAGUUGGCGGGAGGCGGCAACGAGACUCCCAAAGAAGUGCGAGAGCUGCUCCAUUUGCUUAUCUCUAACAUGGGGGAAAUCUACCUUGAGACAGCACUGGACGCCGCAAAUGACUUCGCCUCUGCAGCAGAAGCCAACAGCAAAUCCGAGCCUGAUCUCACCUUCAUCACCGACCUCCGAACUUCCAUCAGCAUCCUCCACCUUAUGCUGACGACCAUCCAGCUCCUACUCCUACCCCUGGCAUCUAGCAACCUCACCAUCAAGCGCGAUCUCGAGAAGCAGACCAGCACAUUCACCGAUCGCAUGGAGAACAAGGUCGAUUCCGUCCUGCAAAAGACGAUCGAUGCGGCACUAGCAUGGACGUCUCGACUUCUCAGUGGUCAAAAGAAAACAGACUUCAAGCCGAAGGACGACGCUCAACUCCGUCUCGAUCAGCUCCAGACUUCGACAUGCGAGUCUAUCUUCACCUUCCUCGAACGUUUGCACUCUCGCGCGAGUACUGCUCUAUCUGGACGCGUUCUGGAGUCAUUCUCCAUGGAGCUGGCUGUUGGUCUCCGUACUCUACUCUUGCAACACUUCAAGUCGUAUCAGGUCUCCCUGACCGGUGCCUUGGUUGUGUCAAAGGACAUCACCAAGUACAUCGAACUCCUGCGGUCUUGGGACCUGCCAAGCAGUUUCGAUCCGAGCUUGGAGGUGUUGACGGAGAUUGCGAAUCUUUUCGUGAUUGGCAGUGAUGCGUUGAGGGAUCGACUGAGGAACAUUGGAACAGGUACGGGUGGGUUGCAGGGAGUUGAGAGGGCGGACCUGAGGCCGUAUAUCUUGAGAAGGGAGGACGCUGGUAGUGUGGGCGUGCAGGCUGUAUUGAAUGCACUAUGA